AUGGGCUUCGAGCUGGAUCGCUUCGACGGCGACGUGGACCCGGACCUCAAGUGCGCGCUGUGCCACAAGGUGCUGGAGGACCCGCUGACCACGCCGUGCGGCCACGUCUUCUGCGCCGGCUGCGUGCUGCCCUGGGUGGUGCAGGAGGGCAGCUGCCCCGCGCGCUGCCGCGGCCGCCUCUCGGCCAAGGAGCUCAACCAUGUCCUGCCGCUCAAGCGCCUCAUCCUCAAGCUGGACAUCAAGUGCGCGCACGCGGCGCGCGGCUGCGCCCAGGUGGUCAAGCUGCAGCAGCUGCCCGAGCACCUGGAGCGCUGCGACUUCGCGCCCGUGCGCUGCCCCCACGCGGGCUGCGGCCAGACGCUGCUGCGGCGCGACGUGGAGGCGCACGUGCGGGACGCUUGUGACGCGCGGCCCGCGGGCAGCUGCCCUGACGGCUGCGGGCUGCCCCUGACGCAGGGCGAGCGGCGCGCGGGCGGCCACUGCUGUGCGCGGGCCCUGCGGGCGCACAACGCCGCGCUGCAGGCCCGCCUGGGCGUGCUGCACAAGGCGCUGAAGAAGGAGGCUCUGCGCGCGGGCAAGCGCGAGAAGUGCCUGGUGGCGCAGCUGGCCACCGCGCAGCUGGAGCUCCAGAUGACCGCGCUGCGUUACCAGAAGAAGUUCACCGAGUACAGCGCGCGCCUGGACUCGCUGAGCCGCUGCGUGGCAGCAGCGGCCCCAGACAAGGGUGAGGAAGCCAAGAGCAUGAGGCUUGUGCUGCAUCGUGCCGCUGGCUCCCUGGGCUUCAAUAUCAUUGGAGGCCGGCCCUGCAUGGACAACCAGGACAGGUCCUCCAACGAAGGCAUCUUUGUUUCCAAGGUAGUGGAGAGUGGACCAGCUGCCAAAGAUGGAGGUCUGCAGAUCCAGGACCAGAUCCUUGAGGUGAAUGGCAAAGAUUUGUCCAGAGCCACUCAUGACCAAGCCGUGGAGGCCUUUAAGACAGCUCAGGAGCCUAUUGUGGUACAAGUGCUGAGGAGAACUCCACGUGCCAGGAUGUUCCCACCAGUGGAACAGCAACUGGUGGACACAGGCACACAGACGGACAUUACCUUUCUGCACAGCUUGGCCCUCUGCAAGGUGCCUGGCCUGGAAUCCUACCUCCUGCCAGAUGAGCAUCCCUCAGCACAUGAGUACUAUGACCCUAACGACUAUCUUGGGGGCCUGCAGCAGGAGCUGGACAGGGAGGAUCUGGAGCUUGAGGAGGUGGACCUCUACCGGGUCAGUAGCCAGGACAAAUUGGGCCUCACUGUGUGCUACCGGACAGAUGAAGAUGAUAUUGGCAUCUAUAUCAGCGAGAUUGAUCCCAACAGCAUUGCUGCCAAGGAUGGGCGCAUCCGCGAAGGAGACCGUAUCAUCCAGAUUAAUGGGAUUGAGGUGCAAAAUCAUGAAGAAGCUGUUGCUCUCCUCACCAGUGAGAAAAAGAACUUUUCCCUGCUGAUCGCAAGGCCUGAACUACAGCUUGAAGAGGGCUGGCUGGACGAGGACAGGAAUGACUUUCUAGAUGACCUGCACCUUGACAUGCUGGAGGAGCAGCACCAACAAGCAAUGCAGUUUACAGCCAGCCUGCUCCAACAGAAGAAGCAUGAGGAAGAUGGGGGAACUACCGACACAGCCACCAUCCUGUCUACACAGCAUGAAAAGGACAGUGGUGUGGGGCGCACUGAUGAGAGCACACGGAAUGACGAGAGCUCAGAGCCAGAGAACCAAGGAGAUGAAACAACUGCUGCCUCCAAGCUGACAUGCAGCCAGGAUACACUGGGCAGUGGCGACCUGCCCCUGAGCACUGAGUCCUUCGGAUCAGCUGAAGGUGCGGACCCUGAUGACCUGGGCAUCCCUCCUGCUGAUUGUGAGCACUUCCGCCAGCUCCUAGAGCUCAAGUGUGGCCGACUGUGUCCCGGCAGCCCUUCUGAUGGUCCUGCAGAUGUAGAUGCUGGCAAGAGUGACCCCGAAAGCGUGGACCGUGAGCUGGAACUGCUCAAUGCCGAGCUGCGCAGCAUCGAGCUGGAGUGCCUGAGUAUCGUGCAUGCACACCGGGCACAACAGGCCCAUGAUGCCUGGGCUCUGCAGCACAGCGGGCCCCGCACCUCCAGUACCGAGCACCGGCCGACCCUGGCCGACAUCUCCGAGCUGCCCGAGAAGUCUGAUAAGGACAGCUCGAGUGCCUACAACACAGGUGAGAGCUGCCGAAGCACCCCACUCACCCUGGAGACGUCACCAGAUGGUUCACUGUGCCGCACCGCCAGUGGGCCCUGUAUGCAGGCCAUGCUUGCCAUUACUGAGGACUCUGAAGGGGAUGGCCCCACAGCCAAGGAGCCAGACUCUGGCCAACUCAUGGAUGGUAGGGACCGGCAUCCCCGUGCCUGCAGCCCUUUGCCUAGUGGCCAGCUAGGUACUUCUGGGCCACACUCGCCCUACAAGCAUGCACACAUCCCAGCACAUGCGCAGCACUAUCAGAGCUACAUGCAGCUCAUCCAGCAGAAGUCGGCUGUGGAGUAUGCACACAGCCAGAUGAGCCUGGUGAGCUUGUGCAAGGACAUGGCCACAAGACCCAGGGAGCCUCGGCUGGAGUGGAAGGUGAAGGUGCGCAGCGAUGGCUCACGCUACAUUACCAAGCGACCAGUGAGGGACCGGCUGCUCCGCGAGCGUGCACUCCGUAUCCGUGAAGAACGUAGCGGUGUUACCACGGAUGAUGACGCGGCCAGUGAGCUGAAGCUGGGCCGCUACUGGAGCAAGGAAGAGCGCAAGCAGCACGUGGCACGAGCACGAGAGCAGAGGCGUAGGCGCGAACUGCUGCAGCAGAGCCGUGUGCACUGCCUGCAAGAGCAUGGGGACGAGCGCCGGGAGAGCAGCAUCCUGGAGCUGAGCCACAAGAAGAUGAUGAGGAGAAGAAACAAGAAGAUCUUCGACAACUGGAUGACUAUCCAGGAACUGCUGACCCAUGGCACCAAGUCUCCUGAUGGCACCCGUUUGCACAGCGCCUUCCUGUCAGUGACCACCGUGUGAUCUGCCUUUCAUGUGCGCAGGGUGCCCAUGGGGCUGGAGACCUGCCUCAUUCAGUGUAGCAGGUGUUUGUAGAAGAUGUGUGCAUCCAGGUAUUGAAAAAGCAGCUGUGUGUUCAGUGGUG